AUGGAGUCGGCGCCACUGGCUUCAAAUGAGAUUACAGAUCACCAUCCUGGCGUAGGGUAUCCUCACUGUGAAGAGGAUCAUAUCAACCACAACGCUGACAGGUACCACGUGACGUACCCGUCGUCGACGCUACCAAAUCGCAGUAUGCUACGUCGUCCUCUCUCAACAAACCAAUUUGCCCACUCCCACUUCCAGCUUCGGAAGUCCAACACGAGGCAGUGCAGUUGGAAAUGCACGGCCUUAACUUUUAUAUUUGUUACAAUAGCUCUCACAGCCGCUCUUGCCUUCUUCCUCAUUUUACUUUCGCCGACGUGGCAACAAGAUGCGAAUCAUGCCUGCCCUUUAGUAGAAGAUGUUGAUCUUGUUGUAGAAUCUACAAAAAGCAAAGUGAACGAGAAAUCUGAAUCGUCCAAACCUAGCAGUAGUAGCGUGACGUCAUUGUCCCCGUCAGUUUUGUCCUUCACUGAAGUUGGACUGGGACGGCGAUCCGAAUUCCAAGUGGGACCCUACAGCCAUUGGAUUGUCCAGAUGAAGCAAAAGGGGCCGUCUCUCGUCCGUUUCAACUAUACGUUACCUGUAGGAGCCAGAUUAGGAGUCUUUGGUCGAAGAAAUCAGUUACCAACUCAUACGAGGUACAAUUUCCUGGAAAUAUUGACGACGGACAGUGCGAAAACACUCAGAAACGAAAAGAGACUGUAUAUAGCGGAAUUUAUUCAGUUUCUGGAGAGAGGCCUGUGGUACAUAUCUGCGUAUAAUGAUGGUGACCAGAUGCUGGAUAUAUCUUUUAUAACACAAACCACCGAUGAAUCUAGUCUGACGUGUCCGUAUGAUUGUCAUGGCCAUGGUAGAUGCGUGAUGGGCAAUUGUGUAUGUAAUUCAGAUUUCGCUGGAGACUCCUGUGCAUAUCGAAUCUGUCCAGUCCUCUGCAGUAAUCGAGGCGAAUAUAUUGGAGGAGAGUGCGUAUGUUCUCCAGGGUGGAAGGGAAAAGAAUGUCAGCUCCGAGAGUACGAAUGCGAAAAACUCGAUUGCAGUGGUCAUGGAGAAUGCCUAGAAGGAGUGUGCAGGUGUUUUCCUGGAUAUAAAGGACCUCACUGUGAAACAGUGGAUUGUCUGGACCCGGAUUGUUCCGACCAUGGCGUUUGCGUGUCAGGCCUCUGCGUGUGCCGGAAAGGUUGGAAAGGGAACGAUUGCAGUGAUCCGGACACUGACGCAUUACGAUGCUUACCGGAUUGCUCGGGCCAUGGACAAUUUGAUCUAGAACUUCAGAAAUGUAUAUGCGAUGAGCAGUGGACGGGAACUGAUUGUUCACAAGAAAAAUGCGACCUGGACUGCGGUUUCCAAGGACAUUGCGAGAAUGGCCAGUGCUUGUGCUUCGAUGGAUGGGCUGGUGCAAAGUGUGACGAGAAACUGUGUGAUCCUCGAUGCAAAGACAAUGGUCAGUGUCGUAACGGAACUUGCCUUUGCAUACAGGGAUGGAACGGAAAACAUUGUACACUAGAAGGCUGUCCAAAGAACUGCAACAAUCAUGGCGAGUGCAUUACGGGUGAAGAUGAUGAAUGGGUGUGUUUCUGUGAGCAGCACUGGGAAGGACCUGAUUGCUCAGUACCAUUGGAAAGGAAAUGCGAUGACAAUGCUGAUAACGAUAAUGAUGGACUGGUGGACUGCGCAGACAGCGAAUGUUGCAUGAGCGGUAAAUGUGAAAACCACUCUUUGUGCCAAAAUGCAGCGGAUCCCUUGGAUAUCUUGUUGCGGAAACAGCCACCUGCCAUAACUGCUUCCUUUUUUGAAAGAAUGCAGUUUCUGAUUGAAGAAGAAUCCUUGCGAAACGGAUCACCCCGUAAAGUGGCUAUCAAUGGCAGCAUGUUCUGGAACCGCUACAAAAAGAGUAGAACAAGCGUUAUACGUGGCCAAGUAGUUGGAGCAUCUGGAAGUGGAAUUGUUGGAGUUAGAGUUGGCAUAGACCCAAACACAAAAACGGGAUCAACUUUAACUCAAGAAACUGGAUGGUUUGAUCUUCUCGUAAAUGGUGGUGGUGCCGUGAAAUUGCACUUACAAAGAGAACCAUUUUUAGUUCAAACGAUUACAGUCAUGGUACCAUGGAAUGAAAUCGUAGUUGUCGAUAAAAUAAUAUUUCAACUUCACGAAAAGAAGAAACAAAGUGCAACUGAUGAAACAAAGUCAGCAGUUUGUGUUGACCACGACUACGACACCAUGAAACCAGUUGUGUUAGCAACAUGGAAGCAUGGCUUCCAAGGAGGUUGCCCUGAAAGGAAUUCAGUACUAGCAGAAUCUCAGGUCAUACAAGAGAGCUUGCCAAUUCCAGGGACGGAUUUACAUCUUGUAUAUCACAGCAGUCGAGCUGGAGGCUAUCUCUCCACGAUCCAGCUUCAACUGACUCCAGAUACUGUUCCAAAAGACCUAAAAUUAAUUCAUUUGAGAAUAGCGAUUGAAGGUAUACUUUUUGAAAAACAGUUUGAAGCGGACCCAGCUGUAAAGUAUACGUACGCUUGGAAUCGGAGGAAUGUCUACAGACAGAAGGUUUACGGUGUUGCCACAGCCACAGUUUAUGUGGGAUACGAAUACAACUCUUGCUCAAAGAUCAUCUGGGAAGUUCAGACUACCCAAGUGAGUGGACAUGAUAUGAGCGUUUCAGACAUCGGAGGCUGGAACUUGGAUAUUCAUCACAAAUACAAUUUUCACGAAGGCAUUCUCCAGAAAGGUGAUGGCAACAACAUAUACCUGAAGAACAAGCCAAAACUUUUGUUAACCAAAAUGGGUGACGGACAACAAAGACCUCUUCAGUGCCAAAGAUGCAACGGAGAAGCUAAAACCCAAAGACUUUUGGCACCUGUGGCUUUGGCAAGUGGACCGGACGGAACUAUUUACGUUGGCGAUUUCAACCUUAUACGAAAAAUUACAACAGAUGGACUUGUGUCAACCAUAGUUGAGUUAAGUCCAGCACAAGUGUCGUACAGCUAUCAUUUAACCGUGGGUCCAGUUGACGGCCUUCUCUACGUGUCCGAUCCGGAGCAGCAUCAAAUUCUACGCACACUUUCCAUGCUUGAUUCGGCCAACCCCAAAAAUAACACCGAAGCUGUGGUCGGAAAUGGAGAAAAAUGUUUGCCAAGAGACAAAGACCAAUGUGGAGAUGGAAGGCAUGCUAAAGAUUCCCGGCUUGCGUAUCCAAAAGGGAUUGCAAUAACGAAAAACGGUGAGCUAUACAUUGCUGAUGGAACAAAUGUCCGUUUCGUUGAUACUCAUGGCAUCAUUCAUACGUUGAUUGGAGAUUACUUCCAUAAAAGUUGGAGACCAAUACCAUGUUACGCAACACUUAGUCUAGCGCAGGUAAAUCUUAGAUGGCCAACCGAAUUAUCCAUAAACCCAUUAGACGGCUCAUUGCACAUCUUAGACGACCAUCUUGUCCUGCGAGUCACUCCAGACAACCGUCUCAAAGUCAUUGCUGGCCGAUCUCUCCAGUGUCCUUCCCAAUCCGGCAAUAACCGAGACAAAAGCGACCUCGCGACGGACGUGUACCUAGAAAGUCCUCAAGGAAUCGCCUUUGCACCCAACGGAGACCUCUACAUCGCAGAAAGCGAUUCCCAAACCGUCAAUCGGGUUCGAGUUGUUGGCAGCGAUGGAAGGGUCAUCUCCAGGUUCGCUGGAUCCGAGUCUAAAUGCAGCUGCUUGGAGGAAUCAUGUUCCUGCUUUGACGAAGAACACGUUCUGGCUGCAACGACUAAGUUGAGCACGAUAUCGGCCAUUGCUGUUUCGCCAGAUGGUCUUUUGCACAUAUGUGAUCAAGGGAAUCUCAGGAUAAGAUCUGUGACGGCUUCAUUGCCACGACUGAACGAGCUUAGUGAAUACGAGAUUCACUCGCCGGAGUCUCAAGAGAUUUACGUGUUCAACAGACACGGACAGCAUGUGGCCACGAGAAAUACCAUUAGUGGGAAAGAUGUGUAUACGUUUUCUUACAAUGUUAAUACCAGCUUUGGAAAACUAAGUACAGUUACAGAUGCUGCUGGAAAUAAGAUCUACAUUCUCAGGGAUUACAAUAACCAGGUGAACACAAUUGAGAACACACAAGGAGGCAAGUGUCGUCUCGAGAUGUCUCGCAUGAUGAUGCUCCAGAGCUUUACCACUCCGUCCAAUUUCAAGACAGUCUUUGACUACCACGGCAGCACGGGACUUCUUCGCAGCAAAGAGGACAGCACUGGACGCUCUUACAUUUACAACUUCGACGAGUACGGAAGACUAACGGAAUCCGUUACACCCAGCGGCCAGGUUAUCCGACUGACGUACAAUCUUAGUUUGAAGGGAGCAUCUGUAACAAUCACUCGUGACGACAAGGAUCCCGUGUCUUUGCUCAUCAAAGGAUCUGAUGUCACUACUAAAAUAGGUUCCACUGAAGAACGAAUUACACAACACCCAGAUGGCAGCUUGUCAGUUAUUCAGAGAGACUCAAGCAAAGUGGAUGUCGAAACGGUUCCCAAUCCAGUUUUGUCCAGCUCGAGUCCAGUUUCUGGCGAGAUGUUUCCGGUUCCGUCUAGGAUGCGCAUGGCUUUCAGUGACGACAAUGUCCAAUACUUGGAGUGGCACUACUUCGUCCACGCUGAUGGGAAGGAUGGAAACCGUAGGAUCACUCGCGUUGGGAGGAAGUUCAAACGUAAUGGCGAACUUAUCUUCAGCGUGGUCUUCGACCGCGAGCAGAACUCAGAGAUCAUCUAUGACCGGCACCAGGUACCUCUGGUAACUGCCACUUACGACGUAAUGGCCAGAUCCGUGCAGUGGCAGUCCCCUCAGAACAUCACCCCGGUUAAAGUGGAGUUCGAUCAGUUUGGCAGGCUCACCAAAUGGGAGAGAGGACAACUCACGAGGAAUUACGAUUUCGACAUGCAGGGCCGGCUCGUGGAAAUUCGGCACUCGGACUCCAACGGAAUCAUGUAUAAGUAUGACAAGAAAGUCGUUGAUAUGCCCAGCGAGUUAAUUCUCCCAAGUGGCAGCCGGUACCUCCUCCAGUACGAUACAGCAGGCGGCCUGCACACCAUCAUCACCCCCAACGGCCACAAACACGAGGUCGCCAUGCAGACAUCGCUGGGGUUCUACAAGUUGCUGUACUUGAGCCCCGGAGUCAAGUACCCGUUCGUGAUGCAUUUCAACGAUUACGGUCAGUUGCUUUCCAAGAUGUACCCGGAUAACAAUGGGCGCGUGGUUUACUCUUACGACUCGAGCGGAAGGCUGAAGACGGAGUUCUGUGGGAAUGAGAGGACGGACUUUGCCUAUCUGGAGCACAAGACCCUCAUGCGAUCGUGGACGAAGAAUUUGUUGGAUUUGGAAAUGCGGAGCGAGUUCAGGUAUCAUGGAAUCUUAGUCCGCGAAGAAAGGCUUCGAUUUUCAGCUCAAAGCAAGCUGAAUAGUGUCAAGUACAGGUAUCGGUAUGAAGGUCAAGUGACGGUUGUCGAAAUCGAAGCUGCUGGGAAAAUUGUCGCCGAUGCUAGAUAUCGGUACACUGGACAGUCCGGAGCUCUGGAACAAGUACAACAGUUCCUUGUCCACAGACCCAAGGUACAUAACGUGUUCAUCCAAGACGAACAACGACACUUCAGCAAGACCAUUGGACUAGAUGCUUAUGGAUUCAUCUCCCUCCUAGCAGUCACCUUGUGGAAUAGAGAAGUGUUCUCUUUGUCUAUUCAUUAUGACAACAGAGGUCGAAUUCGUCAAACGCAAUCAAAGGCAGAACAGGAUGUGGGAACGGAAACUGUAGAGUAUACCUACACACCAGAUGGCUUUCUUGGAGAGGUUCAGGGACGAAGAAGAUUCAGGUACUUGUAUGAUGUCAAUGGAAACAUGAACUCUUACUGGAACGGUGAAAGACAAAUUACACUACGGUACGACGAUGGGGACCGGUUAGUCGGCUACAAUGACAACGUGCCUUACGUGAUAGACUCUCGGGGAUUCAUAGUGUCCAGAGGAAAUGAAAAAUUGACUUUCAACGCGAAAUCCCAGCUCAUCAAUGCCUUCCACCCAGGACUGUAUGACAUCACAUACACAUACGAUGCAUUGGAUAGAUUGAUUGCCUGGAGCAACACUGAAAGCAAUGUCACCCAGUUCUUGUAUGCAAAUCCGAAAGAUUUGAAAAUGGUGACUCACGUCCAUCUUCCGAACUCGAGGACAACGAUGUCACUCUUCUACGACACAAAUGGUCACCUGAUGUACAUUGAGGAUACAACACAGAAUAAGUUCUUCGUGGCUUGUGAUCAUGUUGGCUCCCCGGUGGUGGUCUUUGACUCAGAGGGCAAAGUUGUGAAGAAAAUUAUCAGGUCACCCUUCGGAGAAAUUAUCUCGGAUUCGAACCCUCAGUUCCUAAUUUAUUUAGACUUUUGGGGGAGCAUCAGAGAUCCUUACACCCGAUUGCUGUUCUUCAACGGUAGAGCUUACCAACCCGAUGUGGGCCAGUGGUUGACUCCUAAAUGGGAAGACGUAUCCAGAGUUCUCCAUGCUCCGUACAACAUACAUAUGUACAGAUUCAAGAACAAUGACCCCUUAAGUCCAGGCACAGAAGAUGAUCUCAUGAUUGGUCUUCCAAAAUGGCUCUUGUCAUUUGGCUACAGCAUGGAACACUACCUCCGCAGUCCAUUCUCCGGGCAGAAUCUUCUAUUGCCGAGAGCUUCUAUGCGACAAAGUCUACCCGUUAUCUCAGGGUUAAGUUGUACAGCUGAAGUUGUGACAAAGCAUUUUGCUCGUCUCAGCGCAUCCCCUCUAUCUGAUACAAAGUACCAAGCCGAACUUCAAGCCCAGUUCGCUAACCUGCCUUCUGUAUUGGGAGAUGGCCUUCUGAUGUCCACCAACCAAGGUCGUGCGAUCGUUCACGUGCUCAGUGAUGCUAGUCCAAUACUGAGAGACGUAAUGACCGAAGUUCUAAAUGACACGUCCUACGUAGAUGUCCGUUUUUCUCUGAACGGUCAAGAUUCUUUCUACCUGGUACAACCUGAUCAGAAACGAGUGCAGGAAGAUUGGGAUCAACUGCAAAGACUGGGCACCAUGUUUAACGUAACCAUGCACGCUGGGGAUACACACGUAGACCUGCGACUUAGAAGUCCAGCACUGUUACUCAAUAUUCGUUAUGGAGGAAGCCCCGAGGAAGAACGCAAGCGUCUGGUGCGUCAUGCACGUCGAAAAGCCGUAGAUGAUGCCUGGUUGAUGGAGGCGGACCUGUUGCGCAAAGGACAGAGAGGGAGCAGAACUUGGAGUCCUGAGGAGAAGCGGGAACUGACGGAAAAGGGGCAUGUGUCCGGAUAUCGUGGUGCAAGUGUGCACGACACAGACGUGUUCCCUGAACUUGCAGACGAUCCAACAGCAGUCGCAUUCCAUAAAGCAAGCGCCGCUUACGGUGCAGUCUGAAAGUUUGCAGCGACCAACCGCCGGAAACUGUGAGGAGAGGACAAGUUCAGCGAACAUUUACCAUUCAGCCGCCAGUAGGGCGUCGGGGAAAAU